AUACUUUCCAUCAGGCCAUUACUGUACUUUACACGUAAACACAUCUGUUAGUCGUACGACACUGCAACACAUAUCAACGCGCAAUAUGAAGCUUUUAACGCACAAUAUGCUGACAUGCCAUGUCGCAAAAUGCAAGAAAAACAACUUUCCACUGAAGAUUGUGUUGGCAAAUGAGAGCAGCAUCCACAUGGAGGAGAGCGAUAUGAACCCUGACUUUAUCAGGCAUAUGAUACCUAAGAUUGAUUGGCGAGCCCUAAAAGAAGCAGCAGAUUCGCUGGAACUCACAGGUUUGCCAAGUAAUGCCCCGACGCCCGAAAACGUGGACGAGAACACGAUGAACGCUUUACAUCAUAUUCUAAUGGAAGCGGAUAUACAGAAUUGUCAAUUAGUGUGUCCGAAUGAAGAGUGCAAGCGAAGCUAUCCUGUGGUACAGGGUGUGCCAAAUCUGCUACUAACGAAGGAUGAGGUUUGAUUUUAGGUCAUUUAGUAAAAUAUAUAAAAGCAUAUAGAAGUAUA